GAUCCUUCAAACCAAAAAUGUGGUGGAAGAAAGAAAACAGUAUCGUUCAGCAGUAUGCCGUCGGAAAAGAAAAUUAGCAGUGCGAGUGACUGCAUCAGCUUCAUGCAAGCUGGCUGUGAACUGAAGAAAGUCCGGCCAAAUUCUCGUAUUUAUAACCGUUUUUUCACUCUGGACACAGACCUCCAAGCUCUUCGCUGGGAACCUUCCAAGAAAGACCUUGAGAAAGCUAAGCUCGACAUUUCCGCUAUAAAAGAGAUCAGACUGGGGAAGAACACAGAAACAUUUAGAAACAAUGGCCUGGCUGACCAGAUUUGUGAGGACUCUGCCUUCUCCAUACUCCAUGGGGAAAACUACGAGUCUCUGGACCUAGUUGCCAAUUCAGCAGAUGUAGCAAACAUCUGGGUGUCAGGUUUACGGUACCUGGUUUCUCGAAGUAAGCAACCCCUUGACUUUAUGGAGGACAACCAGAACACGCCAAGGUUUAUGUGGUUGAAAACAGUGUUUGAAGCGGCAGAUGUGGAUGGGAAUGGGAUUAUGUUGGAAGACACUUGUGUAGAGUUGAUAAAACAACUCAACCCUACCCUGAAGGAAUCCAAGAUCAGGUUAAAGUUUAAAGAAAUCCAGAAGAGCAAAGAAAAACUAACCACACGAGUGACAGAAGAGGAAUUUUGUGAAGCUUUUUGUGAACUUUGCACCAGGCCUGAAGUAUAUUUCUUACUGGUCCAGAUCUCUAAGAACAAAGAAUAUUUGGAUGCCAAUGAUCUCAUGCUCUUUUUAGAAGCUGAGCAAGGAGUCACCCAUAUUACUGAGGAUAUGUGCUUAGACAUUAUUCGGAGAUACGAACUUUCUGAAGAGGGUCGUCAAAAAGGGUUUCUUGCAAUUGAUGGCUUUACCCAGUAUCUGUUGUCGCCAGAAUGUGACAUUUUCGAUCCUGAGCAAAAAAAGGUUGCCCAGGAUAUGACGCAGCCAUUAUCUCACUACUACAUCAAUGCUUCCCACAACACCUAUCUCAUAGAAGACCAGUUCAGGGGGCCGGCUGAUAUUAAUGGGUACGUUAGAGCUUUGAAGAUGGGCUGUCGAAGCAUUGAACUCGAUGUUAGUGAUGGUUCAGACAAUGAACCGAUCCUCUGUAAUCGAAAUAAUGUGACAACACACCUUUCCUUUCGAAGUGUCAUAGAGGUGAUAAAUAAAUUUGCCUUCGUUGCUUCUGAAUACCCACUCAUCCUCUGCUUGGGAAAUCACUGCUCCCUACCACAACAGAAGGUAAUGGUUCAACAGAUGAAAAAGGUCUUUGGCGAUAAGCUCUAUACUGAGGCACCUUUGCCAUCAGAAACCUACCUCCCAUCACCGGAAAAAUUAAAAAGAAUGAUUAUUGUGAAAGGAAAGAAAUUGCCUUCUGACCCAGAUAUUUUGGAAGGAGAAGUAACAGAUGAAGAUGAAGAAGCAGAAAUGUCGCGAAGGCUGUCGGUAGAUUACAAUGGUGAGCAGAAACAAAUCCUGCUGUGUAGGGAACUCUCUGAUCUGGUGUCCAUCUGCAAGUCUGUUCAGUACAGGGAUUUUGAACUGUCUAUGAAAAGCCAAAACUAUUGGGAAAUGUGUUCAUUUAGUGAAACAGAGGCCAGCCGAAUUGCAAAUGAGUACCCAGAGGAUUUUGUAAAUUACAAUAAGAGGUUCUUAUCGAGAAUCUAUCCAAGUGCCAUGAGGAUUGAUUCCAGUAACUUGAAUCCACAGGACUUUUGGAAUUGUGGCUGUCAGAUUGUGGCAAUGAAUUUUCAGACUCCAGGUCCAAUGAUGGACCUUCACACAGGCUGGUUUCUUCAAAACGGAGGCUGUGGUUAUGUUCUAAGGCCAUCCAUCAUGCGGGAUGAAGUUUCUUACUUCAGUGCGAACACAAAGGGCAUCGUACCUGGGGUGUCUCCUCUUGCCCUUCAUAUCAAGAUCAUCAGUGGUCAGAAUUUUCCAAAGCCCAAGGGAGCUUGUGCCAAAGGAGAUGUCAUAGAUCCCUACGUUUGUAUAGAGAUACAUGGAAUUCCAGCAGACUGUUCAGAACAAAGAACUAAAACUGUCCAACAGAACAGUGAUAACCCCAUUUUUGAUGAAACUUUUGAGUUUCAAGUCAACCUACCUGAGCUGGCCAUGAUUCGUUUUGUUGUUCUGGAUGAUGACUACAUUGGGGAUGAGUUUAUAGGACAAUAUACAAUACCGUUUGAAUGUUUGCAGCCUGGAUAUCGGCAUGUUCCCCUGCGCUCUUUUGUGGGUGACAUCAUGGAGCAUGUAACCCUUUUCGUCCACAUAGCAAUAACUAACCGAAGUGGAGGAGGAAAGGCGCAGAAGCGCAGCCUGUCGGUGAGAAUGGGGAAGAAAGUUCGAGAAUACACCAUGCUCAGGAAUAUCGGCCUUAAGACCAUAGACGACAUCUUUAAAAUAGCAGUUCACCCCUUACGAGAAGCCAUAGAUAUGAGAGAAAAUAUGCAGAAUGCCAUAGUGUCUAUUAAGGAACUGUGUGGACUUCCUCCAAUUGCCAGUCUGAAGCAGUGCCUGUUGACCCUGUCCUCUCGGCUCAUCACCAGUGACAAUACUCCUUCAGUCUCUCUUGUGAUGAAAGACAACUUCCCUUAUCUGGAGCCUCUGGGGGCAAUUCCAGAUGUGCAGAAAAAAAUGUUGGCUGCUUAUGAUCUGAUGAUUCAAGAGAGCCGGUUUCUCAUAGAAAUGGCAGAUACAGUCCAGGAAAAGAUUGUGCAGUGUCAGAAAGCAGGGAUGGAAUUCCAUGAGGAACUUCAUAAUCUAGGGGCGAAAGAAGGCUUGAAAGGAAGAAAACUCAACAAGGCAACUGAGAGCUUUGCUUGGAACAUUACAGUAUUGAAGGGCCAAGGAGAUCUGUUGAAGAACGCCAAGAAUGAAGCUGUAGAAAACAUGAAGCAGAUCCAGCUGGCGUGCCUGUCCUGUGGACUUAGCAAAGCACCCAGCAGUGGUGCAGAAGCCAAGAGCAAACGCAGCCUGGAAGCCAUCGAGGAGAAGGAGAGCAGCGAGGAGAAUGGGAAGCUGUGACCGGAGCAGGGCCGACACGCCCACCCAGCCUUCGCCCCAGCGCUCUGGUGUUUCUUUCUGGUUUUCUUUCUUUAAGCUUUUUCAAAGUUCACAAAAAGAUGCCCUCUGUGGGGUGUUGGACAUAGAUAUGUUCACAAUGUCAGUAUUUUAAUGUAGUUAACUUAUCUAAGUUAAGACCUUUAGUAGCGGUGUUUAAAGUUCUAAGAUGUGUACAUACCCAUGUGUGGAUGUGGGUGGGAGCGUGUGUGUAUGUGUGUGUGUGAGAGAGAGAGAAACAGAGA